CCUGCCGUUUCUCUCUUCCUCGUCGCCAAGAGAAGCUUGGCCCUUUCUUCCCCUCCCGCAAGCCGCAAAGGCCUCCAGAAGCAGCCAGGCGGGCGGCGCGGCGCGAUGGAGGAGCAGGUGGUGACGGAGCGGAUCCGGCGGAAGCUGGAGGAGGUCAACGCCACCGUGCAGCAGCACCUCGCCGGCGUCCAGGACCACGUCAACUUCACCAUGCAGCAAGCAUACUUCAAGUGCGCGCAUGAUUGCUUUGAUCGGCGUCGUACUCAGGAAGGGAUCAACAGCUGUGUGGAGAAUUGUAGUGUGCCUGUCCUUACCGCCAACAAUGUUGUUGAGAAUGAGAUGGCCAAGUUUCAGGAACGGUUGAAUCGGUCAUUGAUGGUCUGUCAAGACAAGUAUGAAGCAGCCAAGCUCCAGAAGUUGAAAACAGAUGCAACUCAGGAACUGGAAUCCUGUGUCAACAGAUCUAUCGAUGACAGCAUCAGGGUGCUCCCACAUGUGGUGGAGCAGAUCAAGUCCGCCCUCAGUAUCAAUUAGAGGCACUAUUGCUUUUAGCAUAUGGAAUCAGAUAUAGUUGAGAAUGUCUCAUACUCACAUUUGCGGCCUAAGUCCACAUUUUUCAGUGGAAAAAUCCUAAGCUAGAACUAUGCAGAGCUCUUACCGAUAUCGAUAUAACGUGAUCAAAUCAGUGUACCGUAUUACUCUCCUGGCUUGUCAGCAUCAUCGACAUUCUGAAUUGUGCUGAGCUUACAGCUUAGGCAUUGAAAUAGUACAAGGCUAGAUGAACUUGUUCUGCUGCAUGUACCAAGUACUCUUACGUCUCACAAUUUUUCAUGUUGCUUCUGUUGCAAUGCAAUUUACCUUUUAUUGUAGAGUAUCACCUGUGCGGGGGAACAUUUUGUGAGACAAAUGGGAAAUAAUUCAAACGUGAGAAUUUCAUAAAAA